UUUCAGCACCGCCAUGUUCGACACCGUGCCGUUGGACCUGCAGUAUGCGACGUCUAAAUAUGCAUAGCGCAGUCCGAGCGCACCUUUUCAGCUACCAUUCGGUCAACUGCCCAUCAUCCAUUACGCAUCAUUGUUUGAUUUUGAGUCUAACAUGUCUGUAUUAAAUACAGACGCACCCUUCCAUGCUGACACAAUCCCCAGGUCAAGGUUGUCUCUCUGCACAGAAAGCCGUUUCCAGACAGCGCACCAGUCUCUUUUAGCCAUUGUAUCGGUCGUCUGACGUCACCAGCACAGAGCGCGUUAUCCAAGCUUCGAGCUUGCAGCCUCGCAGAGUCUUUACCUCGCGCAACCUCGAAUCGACUAUCCUCGCCGUCUCGACUAGUAUUUUCAUCAUGGCUUGGUCUCAGCUCGAGCCGACGGGCCCGCAUGUCACAUACCUAGUGCUCACCUUCUUUCUAAUACUCUAUGCUCUCUUCUCGCUGAUGAUACGCAAUCGGCUCCACCUUUCGGAGCCACCACUAGCCACACUUUUCGGUAUUAUUGUCGGACCACGUGCCCUCGGCCUAUUGAAGCCUUAUGACUGGGGCUUUUCAGAUGACACGAUUCAAGAAACCACCCGCCUGAUUGUCGGUAUCCAAUGUUUUGCUGUCGGCCUAGAGCUCGAGAAGGGUUAUCUCUCCAAAAAGAAGUAUGCAUUGCUAGCCCUGUUGGGACCAGUCAUGACUUUCGGCUGGCUCAUCUGCGCCCUGUUUGUUACAAUUAUAUUUGAGACAGACUUUGUGACGGCCAUGACAAUUGCUGCGUGCCUCACACCCACCGACCCCGUCCUCGCAGCCUCUGUGCUCUCCAACAGCCAGUUCAGUACACGAGUACCGAGACGUAUCAGAGAUCUUCUGAGUGCAGAAAGCGGUUGCAAUGAUGGCGUCUCGUUUCCUUUCUUGUACAUUGGCCUCAGCCUACUCCUUGAGAACACAGCUGGUGGUGUCUUGAAGAAAUGGUUCCUCGUCACCAUACUGUACCAGUGCGCAGUGGGUAUCAUUAUAGGUAUUGUGCUCGGACACAUCUUCAACCGACUCUACCGCCUCUCGCAUGCACGCGAGUGGAUGGGCGAGGCUUCGUACCUCACGUUCUAUCUUCUUGCUGCUGUAUUUUCAAUUGGAUUGGCAUCGAUCCUUGGAGUGGACGACUUCCUCGUGGCCUUUUUUGCAGGCCGUGGAUUCUCUCACAGGCAAAAAUCGCCCAUGGCUGAUACCGCUCUCCCUGUCAUUAUCGACAUGAUGAUCAACUCGUCAUUCUUUGUCUUCUUUGGUGCAAUGAUACCUUGGGAGAGUUUCAGCGCCUUCGACGCCAUCACACCCGCUCGGCUUAUUGGCUUCCUCAUUCUCAUCCUUCUCUUCCGCCGCAUUCCAAUCGUCUUUAUUCUCUUCCAAGCAAACCUUCUGCCUUUUGUCAAGACGACGACUGAGGCCCUCUUUGUUGGACACUUUGGACCUAUGGGUGUUGGGGCACUCUUCCUCGCCAUCGAGGCACGUGCACAGCUUGAGACUGGCACUUCUUUACCUUUGCCAAACCCACCAAAUGACCUCCCGGUAGAGAGGCAGAGAACUAUCGCCUUGAUCUGGCCAAUUGUCUGCUUUGUUGUGCUCUGUAGCACAAUAGUACACGGCUUCAGUACGCUUGCGGUCAGUAUCGGAGGCCAUUUUGCGCGCAAAGAGGGCGAACGUGCUCCACUGAUAGGAGCCGAAAGCGAGGGGUUACAUGGCAUGGUUCAUGAUCAAGAAGACGAAACUGAGGUUGAAGACAUUGAUGAGUAAGUGAUUCAUUGAGACGAGCUAUGUGUACGCCUCGUACAAGAGUCCGCUGUACUCGAUGCAGACCAUGCUAGAUCUGUCCGUCGGCGGGGGUGAAAUGGGUGUGCAAUUAUAGUCUAGAUCUAUUACAUCAGGUUAUAAAUUGAGGUUGAUAACGAUAUGAAGUAAUGGAACAGUAUCAAUAUCCAC